AUGGGUACAAAUGCGCUAAACUCAAAGUAUUUUUGUUUGUAUUGCAAUUGUAAAGCAUCAUUGCGAUGGGAUAUGAAUAAAAUAUGGAAUAAUACAGAAAAUACAAGAUGUGAAAGGAAAUCUCCUUUAUUUCCUGCAAUUAAUCAGAAAAAUUAUAUACCAGAUGAAUUACAUCUUUUUUUAAGAAUUUCAGAUGUCUUAAUGGAGUGCUUAUUUGCUGAUCUAAUUAAAAAAAAGGAAUUUCAAAAGCAAAUUAAGCCAGCAGUUGAAUUAGCAUUUAAAAAUAUUAAAGUUCAUUUUAAAUUUUUUCAAUCUGGAAAAAAUUGGAAUUGGACUUCUCUAAUGGGACCAGAUAAAAAAAAAACGUUAAAAGAGUUUCCAGUAUCACAAUUUAUUCCAGAUAUUCAUGGAAAAGAUAUAGAAAAAUUAUGGCGAGAGUUUUAUCAAUUAUAUACAAUUUUACACAAAGAAUAUCUUUCAGAUCAAGAAAUUGAUCAAUUUAAAAUCGAUACUCAAAAUUGGAUCCGCAUGUUUUAUCGUCCAACUCAAGGUCACAUGAAUAGUGGUACACAAAUUCCUGGUUUAUAUCGAAAAGAUGAUGUUACUCUAUAUAUGCAUGUUUUUGCAAAACAUGUACCCCAAUUUAUGCGUCAAUUAAAAGAAAUUGGCCUUUCUUUACGAACUUUUUCUACUUCAAGUAUAGAAAAAAAAAAUCACAAUCAUGUCUGUUUAUUUUUUGGAGGUACUACUAUGGGUGGGGGAACUGAUGGAAAAUCAGUAGUAUACAAUAUAAUGUCUUUUGAAAAUCACCAAUUAUUUUACCUAAUUAACAAUACUCCUAAAAAGAUUAUCGCUAGAAACAUUGAUGUCAAUAAUAAGGAAAGCUAAUUAAUAAUUAUAUUUUAUUAU